AGUAUAUUUUCCUGGAACUCCCUCUGCUUAGUCCCUUUCCCUGUCAGUCAGUCUCUGCCGAACUGCACUCUAGCUUCUUGUAGCAAAAAUGAGCGAUAAAGGUUUGUCAGACGAGGCUGUGGCAGCAGUGUGUAAAGAUGGAGACCCGAUCACUAAGGAUUUCAUGAUGCAGCAGACGAUGCUCAGGGUUAAAGAUCCAAAUAAAUCCUUAGAUUUCUACACCAGAAUCCUCGGAAUGACGCUCCUGCAAAAGUUUGACUUUCCCUCGAUGCGUUUCUCUCUCUUCUUCUUGGGCUAUGAGGACAAGAAGGAGAUCCCUGCAGAUGUGAAGGAAAAAACAGCCUGGACUUUCUCAAGAAGAGCCACCCUCGAGCUGACACAUAACUGGGGUUCUGAGUCCGAUGACAGUCAGAGUUAUCACAAUGGAAACUCGGAUCCACGUGGCUUUGGACACAUUGGAAUUGCAGUUCCUGACGUCUAUGCAGCCUGCAAAUUGUUUGAGGAGCAAGGAGUCACUUUUGUUAAAAAGCCUGAUGAUGGUAAAAUGAAAGGCUUAGCCUUCAUUCAGGACCCUGAUGGUUAUUGGAUUGAGAUCCUAAGUCCCAACAAUAUGGUGUCCAUCACCUCAAAAUAAAAAUGAACCCAUGCAACCUUCUUCAGUGUGAAAGCUCAGGCUUGCUGUGGGUUCAGGGGUUCAGUGGGAGAAGAUAAGAUUUUUUUGGGGGGAAGUGGGGGGAAUGAAGAAUUUUUCAACAUCUGCUGGAGAACUGAGAGCAUACGGAGUGGGAUUACUUGGACAAUAGCAAUCAGUCUGUCCAAGCACAAAAUGGACUGUUAUCACACAGUUGAUCAGCAUUUUGGUUACUUUUGUUACCCUAGCAACUAUUUUCCUGACUUUGUCCUGUCAUCAUGUUCUAUUUUUUCAAAAAGUGACGUGCAAGCAACACGGUAUUACUUUGCAAUAAACAUGAAAGUCACAGUUGA